UUCGACUUGAAUAUCUCCAUCUUCCCCUUUUCAUCCCUUUUCUUGGAAAGGUUUACUUCAUUGACAAUGACCGCGGAUCUGUCAGCUAUCCUCCCUAGGGUUCUUAUCGUCUCUCGUCGGACUGUUCGCAAGAACAAGUUUGUUGAUUUUGUUGGAGAGUAUCAUCUUGAUCUCAUAGUGAACUAUGGAGCAGCACCAGUCAUCGUGCCGCGAGUCAGCGGAGUUCAUAUGCUGUUAGACAGCUUUGAGCCUAUUCAUGGCGUUCUUCUUUGCGAGGGCGAAGACAUAGAUCCGUCCCUUUAUGAUGCAGAGCUGACGGGUCUUUCUGAGGAAGAUAUCGAAGAAAUUAGGAAAUUACACGCGAGCGACACAGCCAUUGAUCGAGAGAAAGACUCAAUCGAGCUAAGACUGGCGAAGCUUUGUCUGGAGAGGAACAUACCAUACUUAGGCAUAUGCAGAGGUUCACAGAUACUUAAUGUAGCCUGUGGGGGGACACUUUAUCAGGACAUUGAGACAGAACUGUCCAAGAAAUGUGCUGCUGAGGAAAACAAGGUGGUUCAUAUGAACUACGAGAACUAUGAUGGCCACAGGCAUGUUGUCACAUUGGUGGAAAAUACACCUCUUCAUGAAUGGUUUAAGGAUAGUUUGGAAAAUGGGAAAAUGGAAAUUUCUGUGAAUAGUUAUCACCACCAGGGCGUGAAGCGGUUAGCUCAUCGUUUUGUUCCGAUGGCUUUCGCACCUGAUGGUCUGAUUGAAGGAUUUUACGACCCUGAUGCAUAUAAUCCUGAUGAAGGGAAGUUCAUCAUGGGGCUUCAGUUUCAUCCAGAACGCAUGAGAGAUCAAGAAUGUGAUGUCUUUGAUUAUCCGGGAUGUGCAGCUGCAUACCGGGAAUUCGUGAAAGCUGUGACAGCUUAUGAGAAAAGGCUCAGAGGCUCAACAAAUGUUUCGAAGCGUUUGAAAUUCGAAGGGGAAUUGGAGAAGAAGAAGAGGAGUAUAGUACGAAGUUUCUCGAUUGCAAAGAACAUGUAUAGAAGUGGAUGCGAAAGGUUUUCGCCCAACGACUCUGAACUUGAAGCCGGAGCUGAGUUUCUUGAGGCGAAUACAGCGUUAAGCCUGCAGCAAGAGAACAGACUGAAGCAGAUGGGGGCAACGGUAAGAAACGCCUCAGCCUACAUCAACAGAUUGCAGAUGAACGAUGACAAGGAGAAGGCUGCAAGAGCUAUAAUGGGGAAAAUGUCGAUUGAGCAGUUGUCGGACAUGGUGUCCUUUUACCACAAGAUGGGGCAGAUGUGCUCUGAGGUGUUGGAGAGGAAGCUUAAGAGCCUCAUGAGGAGUGAAGUUGCUGCUCAAUUGUGUUAAUCAGCAAAAUUCUGCUUACAUAUAUCUCAUUGUAAUUCAUCUUCUUUUCUUGUUUUGUAAGGAAAUGGAAGUGUUAUCUCGCGAGGCUUAGUCCACUGUCAAUACAUGGUAUAACUAAGUUGUUACACAUAGGUCUGGAUAUGAUUACAAGAGUUUAAAUGUAAACUAUAGAGAUGUAGCCUGUACAAGUUGAAUGUUGGUUGGCUCUA